AACUAGGGUUUUUCUUUCUAUUAACUUCAAAUAAUUUCCGUUCCAUUUUUUUUUUACGACCCUUGUUCAGGAACUCCAGUGCUCAAGUAGAAAAAAGAAAUUUUAAGAAUUAAAAAAAUCAGGGCUUGGGCUAGAGUUCAUUUCUUUUUUUUUUUUUUAAAUGAUAUAACCUCAAAAAACGACAUGUCGUUUCGACGUCCUACUAAUAUAAUUUUAGAAAUCCUACGUUGAAAUCUUCACCUGCUCUCCGUUCAUUUCUUUCUUCAGAUCAACUGAAACUCUGAAAACUUUCACCUCAAAAACAACUCAUAAAUUUUCCCUGCAUUUGCAACUUUAAUCCUAUAUGCUUCAAAAAUGAAACUCACCCUUUCUUUUACAUUUCUUUCUUUGGCCAUCUUCUCCUUUAUAAUUCCAUCCCAUGUGUCAUCUUCUUCUCUUCCUUCCGUUUCCUUCGUUGGAAUUCCUCCCCAAGAUGAAGAUUACUUCAAAGAUGAGGUCAUAAAGUGUAAGAAUGGAUCAAAGAAGUUCACCAAAACCCAACUCAAUGACGAUUUCUGCGACUGCCCAGAUGGCACUGAUGAGCCAGGAACAUCAGCUUGUCCGCAAGGAAAGUUUUAUUGUAGGAAUGCUGGGCAUUCUUCUUCUUUGCUGUUUUCCUCCAGAGUCAAUGAUGGCAUUUGUGAUUGCUGUGAUGGGAGUGAUGAGUAUGAUGGUAAAGUGAAAUGUCCUAAUACAUGCUGGGAGGCUGGCAAAGCAGCAAGGGAGAAGUUGAAGAAAAAGAUUGAAAUGUAUCAUGAAGGUGUUGCCUUGAGAAAACAAGAGAUUGAGCAAGCAAAACAAGCAAUAGCCAGAGACAAAGCAGAAUUAUUAGGGCUGAAAAAUGAAAAAGAAGUUCUUGAGAAGGUUGUUAAGCAACUAGAAGAGCAAAUUCAGAAGUUGAAACAAAGAGAGCUCCUAGAGAAAGAAGAUAAGAUAAAAGAAGCUUCGAAUGAGAAAAUUGAAAAUGAAAAGAGUGGACCUGAGGAGAAUGUUGAUGGCCAAAUAGAACCCUUGAAAAUAUCAGAUGUUGAAAAAAUGGGUCUAUCAGGGGAAUCUCCAUCAGAUCAGAGUGAGAAAGAUGAAAAUGAAAGUACUGAAGGAUUGUCAAGAGAAGAACUUGGUCGCCUCAUUGCAUCACGCUGGACAGGGAAAAAGACUGGGGACCAAGUUGAGGAGAUUGAUCCUGCUAAAAGUGAUCACAUGGGCAACAGAGACAAAGAAGAGAGUGCAUAUGAGAGUUCAUAUGAUGAACAUAUUGAUAAUAAUGCUUUACAAUUCAAUGAAAAGACUCAAAAGCAUCAGGAGAAAGGCAGAAAAGAUGCUAGAGAUGCUGAAGAUGAAGAGUCUGUAGCAGAAGAUCGUGAAAAGUCAUCAGGUUCUAGCUCUUCUGAAGUAGUUGGGAAAAGAAUCAUUUGCAUGGUUUUACUUAUAUCUUAUAUAAACUGUUUUCUUUUCGAUUUCUUGAUAUCUUCAGAUAUAGCAACUCUAAGCCAUCAAUCUUGGUUGGUUAAGAUACAGGAAACUGCUCAGAACUUCCUUCAGUCAGUUAACUUGUUUUCGGCCCCCGUUGCUAAUCUAGAUGCAAAUCAGGUUCGGAAGGAAUAUGAUAACUACACUGCAAAGUUGUCUGAUAUAGAGUUAAGGAUUUCAAGUUUGACAGAAAAGUUCAAAUAUGAUUUUGGAAGAGAGAAGGAAUUCUAUUUAUUCUAUGAUCGUUGCUUUGAGUCCAAGCAGGACAAGUAUGUGUACAAAGUUUGUCCAUUUAAAGAUGCAAUACAAGAGGAAGGCAGCAGUGAAACCCGGUUGGGGAACUGGGAGAAGUUUGGGAAUUCAUAUAGAAUGAUGAUGUUCUCAAACGGAGAUGGAUGCUGGAAUGGACCUGAUAGAAGUUUAAAGGUUAAACUAAGGUGUGGACUACAAACUGAACUAACUGGUGUGGAUGAACCGAGCCGCUGCGAAUAUGUUGCUCUCAUGUAUGCCCCUGCCCUCUGCCUAGAGGAAAAGCUUAAGGAACUCAAACAGAAACUAGAAUCAAUGAACCGAGAACAAUCAUGGAGUCAUGAUGAGCUUUAACUUGCUGACAUCUACUUACAUCAUCCUGGCUAGUCAGACAGUAUUCAUACUUUGGUGGUUAUCUGAUUGUUUUCCAUGCUUUGUUUCGGACUAGCCAACUGAUAUCUUUCUCUAUGAGCGAACUUCAUGUAACAGCUGUAGUCCUUCGCAAAGAGUGGAUCAGAAACUCGAAGCUGAUUGCAAUUUGUGACAGAUACACCAGAUAUUUUUCUGCUUAACUUUAGGCAACUCUUAUAAUUUCUUAUAUUUCUUUUGUGGCUGAGAAACAGGAUCCAGAUUUUUGCUGUGCCUCGUAGGUUACAUGAUAUUAGAAGUUCCUAGAAAGCAGUAUAGACAUGUAUCAUUUGUUUGGAACUCCAUGACAUUCUCUCAAGUACAAGAUUGGCAAAGAAUAAUUUUAGAAGUACAAGAAAUGAGACUCAGAUGCCAUAGUCUUCUCUUUGUUUUAUAAGGAAUGGUGAAUCUACUAUACAAAGGGAGUUAUGCAUUUGAUAUGCUGUGUGCCUGCAUUCUUGAUAUAGUAUUUUGCAUAAAUCAUUUGGUUGGAAAGGGCUAAAAGUUACACCAGACAAAAGAAAAAGUGAUUUGUGAAGAUAUUGAAGGGGCACACAGCAUCUAUGUUCUUUUUAUUUUAUUUUAUUUUAUUUUUAUGAUUAUGCUUCAUUUGCACGCACUGAAUAAAUGCCAGAAUGCCAACUUUUGUUUGCAGUUAGUGAUGCAAAUUGCAGAAUAACUUCUUUUUUCAACACACCGA